CGUGUGAGGGGGGACACGAUGAUGUCAAAGCUGAUGUAGAAGGGAAAAGGGGGAUCCUGCAGGUCUGUCGCGAUAAACAAUAGAGCGCACGGGCGCUGGUGGUGCGUUCACGGCCGCCUGGUUCAGACGCGCUGCUCCGCUGCGCUCCAGCCUGGAUGUGAUCGUCACACGGAGGUUUCCCCCCCUGCUGCCUGCGUAACAUCCCUCCGUGUCCAGCCGCGGCUCUCCGACACAUCGCCGCUCCACACAGCUCCACACCCGGACCUAGCUCUCCGUGGACCACCGAGGCAGAACUGACGGCGCCACCGGUCCAGUCGGCUCCAAACCGAGGCUGGGAUUUCCUCUUGAUAUUUGACAGAUCCUCCCGCGUGUGUGUGUGCGCGCGAGUGCGCGCGUGCGAGUGUGUGUGAGAGAGAGUGUGUGUGUGUGUGUGUGUGUGUGCAGGGUGGAGUCAACCCGGAAUCCUGUCAAUUGGAAAAAGCACUUGCUCAUUUCAGGAUCAACAUGAAGGACGGCAUCGCCAACAACAGCACAGCCAGCAUCUCCCAAGCCAGGAAAGCUGUGGAGCAGCUGAAGAUGGAAGCCUGCAUGGACAGAAUAAAGGUGUCCAAAGCAGCUGCCGACCUGAUGGCCUACUGCGACGCCCACAUACGCGAGGACCCGCUCAUCGUCCCGGUCCCCGCCUCCGAGAACCCCUUCAGGGAGAAGAAGUUCUUCUGCACCAUCCUCUGAUGACCUGCAGGGGGCAGCUGUACGGGCGCAGGCAUGAUGAUGCCCGGCUUCUCCGUCUUCACCACACCUGAAGCCGCCGGCCUUUAGGCGUCGCCAGGUGGACUCUGUUGUUGGUCAGCUGGGGGCUGAUGGGUAUUGGGAGGAGUCAGCCGCGCUGGCAACGAGUGUCCUGUCUUGUUAAAUAGGUUUGUUAUUGCUUUGUUAUUAGAGACCAGCCUUGCUCAGUGCUUCAUGAGAUGAGAGACGUUUUCAUUUGUGCUAGAUCUUUUCACGCCUCAGGAAACAGAACCUCGUCCAGACUCUCCCUUCAUCCCAAUAUGCAGCAGGAACCCUUUCAUCCCUCACAUCUCACAUUAGCAUGUGCCAGAGUGCCAUCUCUUCCCUGCCUAUUUUUGAAUAAGAAAAUCAAUGACGGAACUUUUUUUGUUUGAGGCGCCGGCAAGCUGAAAGAGAUGAAUUCGCUUUCUGUUUUUUAUGAAGCGCGGUAAUUUAUCGAGCCGCCUCUUCCGUUAUGUUUCAAGACGCUACAUUUAAUACGGGCUGGCGACGACGUCACAUCUGUUGCAAACAUCUGCACACUGCACAACACACUGAUCCGCGCUGCUAUUGUUGGAGCACACACAUCUUCUGACGGACGCACAAUCGACGCAUUCAAAAUCUCUGAACACUCAGGUAAUCUCAAAGUCAGCCGCAGCACAAUAGCUCGAAAAACACAAUUCGACUGUGUGACACUGUUUUAAGAAGACCACAUAAUCCGGUGUUUAAUCUGGUGUUGCACCAAAAUUCACGUUCCAGUCCCCACAAAGUCAUUAUUUCGUCUCAGUAUUGACCUAAUAUUAGUCAGCUGCAACAGCUUCCUGGCGGUUUUGUAUCUGUUUUCAUUUCUUCAUACGCAGAACAAACGUACCCUCUUUUUAAUCCUGUAUUACUAUAACUGAGGGUUAAGGUGGAGGAUGCUGACUUGCUGUGGCAACCCUGCUAAAAGACAAGACUGUAACGCCAUUGGUGAGUGCGCCCCCUGUGGACAGAAGCAUAACUACGUCAUGUUUCAUUUCAAAAUAAUUUGCCUUCCACCCGAGUUCAUUACAAAGUUUAUUCAUUAUUAAGUGAAUGAUUUCUAAAGUAUUCCAGAAAUACUCAACAAUAUUGUGGCCACUUUAUUUUAUUGACUGUAAAUAGAAUAUUAAAAAAAUUGAACAUUAUUUAUGGUUAGAAGAGGUUCACUUACGACUGAAUUUCCAUUAUCUUUCAUUAAGUCAUAAAUGUGGAACUAAAUGUAAGACUUUCAUGAACAUUUGGUGGAUAACUACUGUGAUUUAAUCAUUAAAAAUGUAUAUUUAGUUAUGAUUUGACUUAUUUGCAUAUUUGUAAUUAUUAUUUUACAUUUCUGUAUUCGCUUGUUUUACAAGGUCAGUACUAGUUUAGUUUGAUGAUGACAUCUAAACAUUCGGAAGAAAAUAGACAUAGAAAAUAUUUAAAAAAUGUAAAAAAAAAAAUACAUAAAUGAAAAAUAUAUAGAUUGUUAGUUAAUGUGUAUUACAUUAAAUUAAUACCUUAGUGGGGAAAAAUAAAUUCUUAAACGUGUUAUUUGAACGUCGCAAAACAACACAUUUUACUCAUGUAUUUAUUCCACCUUUCAUUCCUUUGUAGAUGUGUAUAUAAUAUAUACCAUGUUUCAAAAAUAAAUGAAUAGACAUUGAACAAAAUUUGGACCUUUCUUCAUAGGACAGUGAUAUAAAGAAAAAAAAAAGAAAAUAAGACAUUGCAGACAUUAUAAAGUGAAAUAACCAAAACCUAUAAUUAUGAAUCUAUUUUAAUUCCAAAACAAAUAUAGAACCACAUUUAAAUUGAGCUAUUACAAUGUAUGUUUUUUCUUCAUUGUCUUUACUUCAAACUCAUUUUAUCUGUUGCAAAUAAUUAGUUUCUAAAAAAAGUCGCGCCGCCAUUCAGGAGGAGAUUAAUCAUUUUUCUUUACUUCCUUUAUACUGUUGGAGCUCAGUAGAACGUACCCACGGUUGCAUCGCCUUUUGGGGUUAUCACAGUGCAAACAAGGCUUUAGUCCAAAAUAAUUCAUGACCGUGUCGCCUCCUUGCCAACGCCGCUCUAAUGCCUCUCUGCUGUUGCCGCUUGCUGUGAUUUACUGCUCGUCCUCUUCAUCGACUUCAAAUCCGAGACGGCACCUUUUUAAUACCAAUCUCCAGUCCGGGUCUGUUUCCUGAGCCGACUCCUUCUGCCUGACCUCGAGUGAAUGGCACGGCCUUUGACAUUAAUGCCAACGAAAAGGCCUGCAUGUUUCCCUGCUCCUUUUUUUGGCCUCUCUUUUGGGGCGUCUUUUAGGGUGUACAGUAUGUUUCAGUGCCAACGUUCUUUGGGGCGUCCGACUUCUCUUUGUUCAGAAGUAAAAGCACACGUUUCCGUUAGUAAACAAGCAUUUGCUGAUUUUUAUGAUGAAUGGUUCUGAUUGUUAUUAUUAUUAUUAUUAUUAUCGGUAGUAUUAUUGGAUAUAUCUGUUGCUCAGCACCGACCGCUACAUGACGUGUCGUGCGACUGUAAGAUAGCGUUUCUAAAUCAUGCAACUCUUGAGUAUUUUCUAAGAGGAGGGUGAGGGUCUGUUUACAUGUUCUGAUCCCUUCUGUGGUUUUUGACAACACAUUUGUGUAAAAAAAAAAAAUACAAUUUCUGGUACUUGAAUAGCCGUCACGUUAGUAAUCAUAGGAUGAGAAGUGUAUUUGAUUUCCUCUGCGAUGACCUGAGCUUGACCUCAGGAGCUCUCUCCUCAUCUGGAGGACGGUGCCAAAUCAUAGACACAUAGAUAUGAAUAUUGCAUGAGUUUAUUUCUGUCUUUAACAAAGAGGACUAUUAGGAUCUCACUUGUUUUGGAUGGGGGUGCUGCUCUGGAGUUUGUUGACAGUGUGCAGCUGUAUUUAUCUUUUCAAGUGGUAUUAUCGUUCUUUUCUUUUUGGAAGUCAUACAACUACGAUAGCAUUUCAUUAGCAGGCUUUGAUGGAUUAAACUGAAUUAAAGGAGAUAUCUAACCAAAAUGUGACGCCUCUUUCAUCUUUCUGCUCAGGCUUGUAAUCAGUGUGUGAGGAAGACCUCCUGUUGUUGUGCGCAGCUGACACUCUGAUUGGAGUCAAAGCGAAGGCUGAUAAAAGGUCCU